AUGCCUGCUCAAAACGAAAUCAAAACUUCAAAGACUGAUGUCUUAAUUAUCGGUGCUGGUCCAUCCGGUUUAAUGUGUGCCACUUGGUUAGCAAGAUGUGGUAUCCCAUUCAGAAUUAUUGACAAGAGAUCCAAUGAAAUAUUCUCUGGUCAAGCUGAUGGUUUACAAUGUCGUUCUUUGGAAAUUUUCAAAUCAUUUUCUGAAAAUUGUUUCGAUUUUGCUACUUUAGAUAACAGUUGGAAAGUUUCUAAUCAUAUGAUUGAAAUGUGUUUCUGGAGUCCAAAUGAAAAGGGUGAAUUAGUUAGAAACUCAAGAGUUCCAGAUACUAUUCCAGGUAUUUCUCGUUUUACUCAAUCCGUCAUUCAUCAAGGUAACAUUGAAAAAUGGUUUAAUGAAUCCAUUGAAGUCUUUUCUGAAGGUCAAGCAAAGGUUGAAAGACCAUUAUUACCAGUUUCUAUCAAGAUUGACGAAGAAAAAGCCAACGAUCCAGACGCUUAUGCUGUCGAAGUUUUAGUUAAGGACAUCACUGGUGAUUCCUUAGCUAAACCAGAACAAUUUGGGGCCAAGGUUGCUAAUGGUCUUUAUAGAGCUUUCGAUGGUGAUCAAGAUAAAUUCUACGCUUUAGAUGAUUCAGAAGACAAGUCCAAACUUGAACUUAUCCAAGCUAAAUACGUCUUAGGUUCAGAUGGUGCUCACAGUUGGGUCAGAAAACAAUUAGGGAUUGACAUGGAAGGUGAACAAACUGAUUUUGUUUGGGGUGUUCUUGAUAUGGUCCCAAUUACAAACUUCCCAGAUAUCAGAAACAGAUGUGCCAUUCACUCUAAAGAUUCCGGUUCUGUUAUGGUUAUCCCAAGAGAAAAUGAUUUAGUCAGAUUCUAUAUUCAAUUAAAGGAAGUUGAACGUGAUCCAGCUACUAUAAAUGCUAAUAGAGAUUUUUCUGCAACCGACAAACAUACCAGUACCAAGGGUAGAAUUGAUCGUUCCAAGAUUACUCCAGAAUCUAUCUUAAAGCAAGCUCAAGAAAUUAUGAAGCCAUACUCCUUGGAAAUGACUGAUUUAGAUUGGUACACUGGUUACCAAAUUGGUCAAAGAGUUUCUCCAAAUUUCGGUAAGAACAACAGAGUUUUCAUUUCUGGUGAUGCUUGUCACACUCAUUCUCCAAAAGCUGGUCAAGGUAUGAAUGUUUCCAUGCAAGAUACUUACAACCUUGGUUUCAAAUUAGCUUUAGUUUGUAAAGGUUUAGCUAAGCAAGAUAUCUUAACUACUUACGAAUCUGAAAGAUUAAAGGUUGCUCGUGGUUUAAUUGCCUUUGACCAUAAAUUAUCCAGAUUAUUCAGUAGUAAGCCAAUGAUUCCAAACUCUGAAGUCUUAGAUGGUGUUGAUUUAGAUGAAUUCCAUCACGUUUAUCUUGAAGGUAACAAGUUUGCUUCUGGUACUAUUGUUGACUACGAAGAUUCCGUUUUGAUUAACAAGAAGGGUUCUUCUGAACCAGAUGAAGAAGGUCGUAGAUACAAUCCUUUAGCUCCAAAGGUCCCACUUGGUAGAAGAUUACACAGUGACAUUAUCAUUUCCCAAGCUGAUGCCAGACCAUACCACAUUGCUGAUCGUCUUGCUUCCGAUGGUCGUUUCAGAGUCUUGGUCUUCCCAGGUGAUGUCAAAGAAAACCCAGAAAACUUACAAACCUUACAUCAAUUCCAAGAUUUCAUUGCUUCCAAGGACAAUUUCGCUAAGGCUUUCACUCCAGUCAAUGCUUUCGACAACUCCGUUAUUGAUGUUAUCACUGUCCAUGCUUCUUCUCGUUAUGAUGUUGAAAUUUAUGAUUUCCCAGACUUCACUAGACCAUUGGAUUACAAGGGCCGUUGUGACUACUGGAGAUUAUACUCUGGUGUUGGUACUACUUAUCAUGAAGGUGCUAUUGACUUAUACAACUCUUAUGGUAUUGAUAAGAAGAAGGGUUGUAUCGUUGUCUGUAGACCAGAUUCUCAUGUUGCACAAGUUUCUGAGUUCAAUCUUGAUGGUUUGAAGGAAGUUGAUCAAUAUUUCAAGAACUUUAUGAUUCCUCAAAAUAAGAAUGUCUUAGAAGCUAAGACUAAGGAAACCAAUGACCAUGAUAGAUUUGUUAAGCCAAGAUUAGCUGUUUAG